UAUAAACUCGUUCCCAGCCAGCCGCUGCCAAAUCCAACAGUUGUAGUUCCAGAUUCUGCCGAUUCAUGAUUUGGGUCUGGGUCACCCUGGCGAGACUUGUUCACUAAAGUUCACCCAAAUCCGGAAAGAUUGGAGUGUUUAAGAGCAGAAGGUAGAUUGCAUGGUGCAGUGAACAUCAAAGCUAACCCUAGUUAGUGAAUUAGUGUCUAAAUCCUAUCCAUUUAAUUACCACCCCUUAUUAAUAUAAUAUAUAUAUGUAUAUUUUACCUCGAGUAAAAAUGUGUUUCUUAUUGGUAGACGACGUUAUUAAUUAUUUAGCUGCAACUAACUCUAAGAAAAGCUUCGUUUGGGGCAUCCUAAAUAUUUUUUUGGUCGGGGACUAAACAUGCAUGAUCAUGAUGCAAGCAAACUAAGCGACAGAUUCCAGAAAGUUUUGGGGUAUCAAAAGACAGAGGCUUGGUUAUAUGCUCUUUGUUGUUCUAUUGUCACCUCUUAUAUUAUCAAUAAUAAAUAAUCCAGUGAUUACCAUCGAACUUUCCUUCAUAAUCAAAAGCUCCAUUAUUUUUCCUUCAUCCCUUCCACUAUCUAUCUAUCUCCUCUCGAAUAUGGACGCAAAGUUGUCAGUUGUUGUACAGCACUAUUGCCACUUGUCGCCUCUAUGCCACCCGCGGCGCAAGCACAGGUCCGAUCAUUCUCCCUCUCCCUACGUUGUUGCUGUGCUGAGCAGGUCACCGGACAAGUCCGUGGAACUGUCAGGCACGAUGGCUUCCAGGACCGUCUACAAGGAUAACUGGUUCGACCGUGCUGCCAUUAAUCACCUGUCCCAGAGGUUGCAAGAAACAACAGGAUUGCGAAGUAGCAAGAGUGGAUAUGAUGGGCUGGUGGAGGCAGCAGGAGUGGCUUAUCGGAAGUUUAAUUCAAGCCAACAACAAGAUCUUAUUAUUCAAACUCUUGAAAAGGCCUUCCCCCGCCCUAUUCUCUCUGCGAUAAGGGCCCUUCUGCCGCAAUCCAAAUUUGCAAGAGAAUUUUUUGCAGUCUUCACAACUAUUUUCUUUGCUUGGUUAGUUGGACCCUGCGAGGUGAGGGAGUCAGAAUUUGACGGCACAAAAGAGAAGAAUGUCGUCCACAUAAGGAAAUGCAGGUUCUUAGAGGGGACUAACUGUGUAGGAAUGUGCACCAAUCUUUGCAAAAUGUCAUCGCAAGAGUUCAUUAAAGACUCACUUGGCAUGCCACUCAACAUGGUUCCCAACUUUGAUGAUAUGAGCUGUGACAUGAUAUUCGGCCAGGAACCUCCAUUGGUAAUCAAUGAUCCAGCAUUUGUGCAGCCAUGCUACAAAAUAUGCAAAGAGAACAAAAAGAACCAUAAAAAUUGCACGAGCCAAUAAAGAAGAAAAAGGAAUGGGAACGCAACGCUUUGGAUUUCAAGUAGCCGAUAUCCAUCCUUCGUCCAUUAGCUCCGGUCACCAAAAUUCUCAUGUGUUUUCGUGGAUGAACUGCCAUAUGUAGCAGUCUCUGUAGCUUUAUUUCUUGCAUAAUUUGUUUGUUGUCAUCAGAAAUCGAAAUCAGGGGUAAUUCAGGCAA